GGGGCGUCGGCAGACGGCGCUGUGGGCGCGGCGGGCGCAGGCCGGGAGGGACGGGAAGAUGGCGGCGCUGGGGUCGCCGGCGCGCACCCUGCGGGGGCUGCUGCGGGAGCUGCGCUACCUGAACGCGGCCGCCGGGAGACCGUACCGCGACACGGCGGCCUACCGCUACCUGCUCAGGGCUUUCCGAGCACAUCGGGUCACAAGUGAGAAGUUGUGCAGGGCCCAACAUGAGCUUCACUUCCAAGCUGCCACCUAUCUUUGCCUCUUGCGUAGCAUCCGGCAACAUGUAGCCCUUCAUCAGGAAUUUCAUGGCAAGGGUGAGCGGUCAGUGGAGGAGUCGGCUGGUUUGGUGGGCCUCCAGUUGCCCCGUCAGCCUGGAGGGAAAGGCUGGGAGCCAUGAUGCAGAGAGUCCUCAGACCUUCCUUCAUUCAAGACUGUAACCAUUUGUAUUUAUCAUUAAAUAUUUUUAAAAGUGUA